CACAGAAUGCAACGCAAUCGAUGCUUUGUCCUGCUACUGGCCAUGGGCCUGUGUGCCUGCGUAGCUGGAGCUGCCACAGGUGCACCCACUGCGACGGCUACCACGGAAAAGCCGAAAGGAUUCUCGGCGCGUUCAUUGGAUGUGAGUGCCAACGGCGAUGAUGAUGAUGAGUUCGAGACCCAGGCACAAACUCACUUGGCUUACAGGCAACAGCAGCCACUGCAGCAUCAGCAGCAGCAGCAGCGACCCCUGUACGACUACAGCGAAGAGGAUCAGGAGGAGGCGCCACGUCAGGUGUACAUCAAUCGCAACAACGGAAAGCAGCAGCAGCAGCAACAGCAUCAGAACAACUAUCUGAAGAAGAAGCCGCAGAGCGCGGAAAGCGAGGAGGAGGAGGAGGAGGAAGUCGAGGAGCCCGAUCGUCUGUCCACGCUGCUCAGCAAAUCCACCUUCAGCUGCACGGAUCGCAACUCAGGCUACUAUGCGGAUGAGUCGCUCAGCUGUGAGGUCUUCCACUACUGCCAGGAGAGCCAGAAGCACUCGUGGAUCUGUCCCGAUGGCUUUACAUUCCAUCAAAUCCAUUUGAUAUGCAUGCCCCCAUCGCACGACAACAUCUGCAAGCAAUCCUCCAAAUAUCACAUUGUCAACGACUAUCUCUACAAGCCCAUCAAUCUGCAGGAGCAUCAGAGCAAACCGAAUGUUACACUGCGCUACUCCGAGCGCUAUUUCCCCGAGAACUACUAUGAGCACGAGCGCUACGACGACGACGAGGAGGAGGAGGAUGUACCAGCGCCCAGACCACGCGUCCAGCACCAGCCACAGCAGCAGCAGCAGCAACGUCAGCUCUAUCAUCAGCAGCAGCAACAGCAGCCGCAGCAGCAGCAGCAGCGCGUCCAAUAUCAACAGCCGCAGACGCAGCAGCAACAGGUCGUCACCCAGAUCCGUCACCAGCCACCAACAACAAUUGCGUAUCGCAAGCCAUUGCCCACGACAACCAUACAGCCACAGAUUCAGCCACAGCUGCAAUUGCAUCAGCUGCAUCAGCAGCAGCAGCAGCAGCAGCAGCAACAGCUACAUCGUACGUUGCAGCAACGGCCGCAACCUCUGGCGACCACUGUGACACCGGCGCCAUAUCGUUUCUUUACGGCAGCGCCGCCACAACUGCAGCAUUUGCAUCAGCAGGUCUAUCGUACGCCCGAGGAGAUUAACAUAUCGCUGCAGCAGCGUCGGCCACAGGUCUUCAUUGCCACAUCGACGCCACGCUACUAUGAGGAUGAGUAUCUGUAUGAGCGCCGGAAGUAAGAUGAGUGACGCUGAGUGUUGAGAAUGUAAGCCGUGGCCAAACUACAAAACUGGUCCCAAAAAAAAAAACAGUCUUUUUUGUACAUGGAGUUACCUUAGCUUUAAGCCUGUGUCCACUCUGUCACUACUACAACAACAAAAACAAAAACAAAACAGAAAACAAACUUACUUACGUAUAUAGUCCCGAAAUUUAGCGCAAGUUUUGUAUGUACCUUAUUUGUAAUAAUUUAAUGUCCUGCUAGAAGAAUCAUCCGCCUUCUAACUCAUUUCGUUUAAUAAACAAGCAUUAAGUUUAAA